GCCUCGGCCGGUCCAGGGACACUCCAUGCCACGCACCAGGUCACGGUUUCGGACGCUCCUGGCUUCUCCUGGCUCCAGUUCACAUGGGCAACAGGUUGGUGACCCACCAUGACCCAUCUUGACCCGCAAAACACCACCGGAGCCGAGGAAGAGCGCCCUGAAGAGCCCGAGCCGAGCUUCACGGGCGUGGCCGGGAAGAGCAGCCCACGUGGGCUCCACUGGGACGAGGAGGAUGAGCAGGGGCUGUCUGCAGAGUCCACACGGUCUUUUGAAUUAUGGACCGUGCCGGCGAGCGUGCAGUGUGUGGAUGACGACCUCCGUUCACGUCAUUCCUACGAGUCCUGGACGGUGCCCACGACCACGGAGAUCGACGCCCCCUCCAACCGAUUGCUCCAUGAAGCGUACCGGAAGGAGGUGCAUUCGUUCAUCGCGGGCGUGAGAAAGGAUCCCAUUGCAUUCAAGCGAUUGAUCGGAAAAAGCCGUGGAGAACUCGAUGAAGCCACACGUUCCUUUUGGGAUUCACUCUGCGAAGGACGCCGGGCACGCGGCUUCUUCGACUGGCUGCGGCGAAGAUGACAGCGAGGGUUCGCGGUAGAUAGGAGUACAGAGUAGCUACAAGGCUUGGCCCAGAGACAGACCAUAGUUGGCCUUGAACUCGUGG